AUGAGUCUGCGAAACGUCUCGAAGGCUUGCCAUUUAGGACGAUAUGCGUAUAGGCACAUAAUUGCCGGUCAAAGGUAACUUCUAUUGCAAAUUCUUGUACCUCGGAAAACAAAUCGAGCAGAUGGGUUCAAUAACUAAGAGAAAUUGUAAAUAUAAAUUUUUUUUUUCAGAAGUUAUCUCUUCCAUCCUCAGAUUGCCUGCAGUUCACUGCACACAACUUGUUCGAGGCAAGCAUUUUUAUAUUCAAAUUUGAGCAGUUGUUGUUCUAAUUUUUCAAAAUUAAAAAAUUCUCCGAUACAGUGUAGGGCGAGUUUGCGGUUUGUCCGGAAAGAAAACUGGGAACGAGAGAGAAGCGAUUAGCUUGCGAAAAGGCAGAGACGCAGGCGCGAGACAGUUCGCAAGCUAAUCGCUUCUCUCUAGUCCCCAGUUUUUUGUAAGCAAUUUCUCAAUAAACGGGAGCCGAAUCGCCCUCCCCGUCCUGCUUUUUUUAUAGAAUAUUGUACUGAUGUGGCAUUAACAGGGGCAACCUCAAACAGGAACGCUCCCGAAUCAGAACUGUGAUCCGAAUCAAAACCAAUAAGGACCGCAGAUAAUACUGCUUUUGGAGAACUUCCAUUGCAUAGUUCUGAUUCGGGACUUUUAAUAACGAGGCCAAGAAAUAGUUUUCAAAUUACGAGAUAGUGAAAAGGCUUUUUUAAAUCUCUUAUAUCUCACAGGUAUGCGGCGACAGACAGAAGCAAAGUGGAGUACACUCUGAAAAUGUUGCGAGAAGACGUUCAAAAUCAAGACGAGGAGGCGCAGAAGGCAUUAAGUUUGAUGAAGUCGGGAAAGGAGGUGGCGACUGUGAAGCCACCGCUGAAGGAUCGAAUUAUGCACGAGCUGAAGCACUAUUACCACGGCUUUCGACUUUUGGCUCUUGAGACCCGGCUCAGCGCCAAAUACAUGUGGCGAGUGCUCCGUGGAGCAACUCUCACAAGAAGGGAGCGGCAGCAAUUGGUCCGAACCGUCUCCGAUCUCUUCCGACUCGUUCCCUUCUCCUUCUUCAUUAUCGUUCCGUUUAUGGAACUCGCACUGCCAAUAUUUAUCAAAUUGUUCCCCGGAAUGCUUCCGAGCACGUUCCAGGAGACAAGCAAAGAGGUGGCCGUUUUUUUCAAAUGAAAAAAAGAAAGAAAUUAUAUCUUUUCGAACUGCUCUAUUUUCCAGGAAGAAAAGUUUCGAAAGCAAGUGAAACUUCGUGUCGAAAUGGCAAAGUUCCUGCAAGACACGAUCGAAGAGAUUGGUCUCGAACGGAAAACGCACAAUAAAGAGGCGACACGGUCGCUGGAUUUUGCGCAUUUCAUUAAAAAGGUACGAAACGAAGGAGGAUAUGUUUCCAACGAGGAGCUGCUCAAAUUCUCCAAGCUCUUCGAAGACGAACUCACGCUGGACAAUUUAAACAUGGGACAGUUGAGGUAAAUUUGUUUAAUUCGAGUGGAGCUCCCGCAAAUGAAAAUUGUUUCUGGAACUCGGGAACUUCAAAAUUUUGAGAAACAUUUCGCUACAAAACACUAAUUUUCCAGAUCCUUGUGCCGUCUGAUGAGCAUCAACUCGCUGGGAUCGCCAGAAAUUCUCCGUUUCCAGUUGAACAUGAAAAUUCGCGAAUUGAAGGCAGACGAUAAGCAAAUUGCAGCAGAAGGAGGCGUCGAUACUCUGAGUUCCAUCGAUUUACAGUCUGCUUGCCGGGCACGUGGAAUGAGGGCCAUGGGAGUGAGUGAGGAGCGGCUCAAAGAGCAACUCGUACAAUGGUUGGAACUAUCGUUGAACGACAAGGUUCCGCCGUCGUUGCUUCUUUUGUCCAGGUGAGAGUUUUAUGGGUUUUUCUAGAAACUUGCAACAGUCCGAGCAGGGCACAGCCUUCUACGACAGUCAUGACAUUGCAAACUGACCCGUGAACCGUCGGCCAAAAGUUCAGAUGCGUGCAGUCGGAAGAAAACUGAUUCAUCUUAACCAUUUUCCUUGGAAAUGUAUUCAUUACGAUAGAAACUGAUUUUUGUGUCUCUGCUAGUUUCCAUCAUAAUGAACUUCCCAACAAAUCAAGUGUGAAGUGAAAUGAGUCAGUAUUCCUCCGACAGCACGCACCUGAAGCGCUUUGGUUCACAGGAAACUCAAUGAAACCAAGUGUUUAUUGAAAUUUAAUUGUUAUGUUUAAGAACUCUGUACCUUCCGGAAGAUGUUUCGUUCCCCGAUCGUCUGAAGGCGAUCGUUCAAAAUCUUCCGGAUGGAAUCGCCGAAACGACAAAGCAGAAACUGACGGAGAUGGAAGGAGGACAAAUUGAUCACAAAGCACGUAUCGCACUCAUAAAAUCCAUCGAACAGGCCAUUGUGACAGAGAAGAAAGAGGAGGAGAAGAAGCGGAAAGCGGCGGAAGAGGCACUGAAAACGAAAGAAAAGGCGGCGAAAGAGCAGAAGAUUGCCGAAGACGUUCUGGCGACGGAGCACAUUGUUCAGGACACCAAAAAGGAAUUGCACGAAGCAGUGGCUUCUGCUUCGGCAACUUCCACGCCUUCUGAAGCUACUGUGGCAAUAACAACUUCUGAAGCGGUCAAGAAGGUUGUUGAGGAGAUCAAGAAGAAGACUGAGGAUAUGCAGGUUGGUAAUCUUAUAAAAACCACUGUCUUCAAAUAAAUUUAUAUGUUCUUUUUUUCCAGGUGGACAAGGCGGAUCUGUCCCAUAUCGAAGAGAUCAUUGUGGGUGGACCGAUCAAAGAGGCAAAGCAGGACAUUUUGGGGCUGCGCGAGAAGGUUCUUGAGCACAAAGAGGAUCUCAUGGAAAUCAAUUCCCUCGACGGUGCAUUCGCAGAGACCAAAGUUGCGAAACGUCUUCGUCACAAAUUGAAUGCAAUUAUCGAGGACGUUGAUUCGAUGGUCGGAAAGUUGGAAGAAGAGAAACGGAAUAUCAGAGAGAUGCUCAGUGACCCAUCAGCAGAGAACAGUGCCGAUCUGAAGAAGGAACGGGAGGUUCGCAUCCAGGAUGUUAUCGAUUCGCUAUCAAAACUCAAAAAGGGAGAACAGACAGAUGUGCAGCAACGUGGGAGAAUUGAGGCACUUCUGAAGACGAUCGACGAAGACGCCGACGGUAUUGUCGACCGACAACUUGUCCUCGAAGUCAUUGAACUGCUGGAGAAGCACACGGAUGUGCACGUGUCAGCCGCACAAAUGGCGUCGAUGAUCGGAACUCUAAAGAAAGAGGAUGAAGUAGCCGGACUCACCGAGGAGAUUCGCAAGGUUCAGAGCGGACAGUUCGAGAUGCCGGUGCUGCCAACGGUAAGAUCGAGAAAGACUUGUUUUGAAAGCGUUAAGAGAGGAGUAAAGUAGCAAGCGGCGACGGCUCCGUUCUCUAGGACAUAUGCCGCUCUGGCCGGCGUGUGACACACAUUUAAGAUUGAAGUUGGAACCCCAAAGCCGUUUGGAUACCUGCCGUACACAAAAAAUUAAUAGAGGAAAUGGCGGUCUCACUUACGAUACGUUUCGGCUAAUUUAGGCAACCUAACUGAUCUAAAAAUGUUCAAAUAAUUGCAUUUUUCGAUGUUUUCUAGGGUCCUUCGUCAGCCGACGCGUUCUAUCAGCCAUCAGAAACGGCGACGACGUCCGUACGAGCAUCCACCGCGGAAGUGAGGAAGUCGCAGAUGGAAGAGGAGGUGGCGACGAAAACGAAAAAGGUAGAAAACGGAGUUGGCAUUCCUGAUGUCGACACAAAGGUACUCAUGAAUGAUAAUGAGGCCCGUGGCCUCCUAAAGUGUGAAGAGAGGCACAUGUGCGUUCAUACUCUGGUAAAUCGGUUGCAAUAUGACUGGAAGAAUCUAAGCGCAAUUUUAUUUAUUCUUACAUCUAAUUAUAAAACAUUUUGUAUUUUAUACUGCCCCGAUCUUUUGCAACUGUGGCGCCUCCUCCUCAUACGUUACAAAACCACAAAAUGAUGCACUUUUGAGAAUCUAUGAAAGUGCCACACAAAUGAAUGAAAUUCCUCUUUUUCAGGUAACCUCAACCCUCCAAAGCAAUUCCUCUUCGAAUUCGACGUCGUCCGAAAGCAAAUCGGAUCCUAAAUCAGUGUGA